AUGCAGUUGCUUAAUAUUAUUAUUCUGCUGCUGACCAUUCAGCAAAGCUGCCUGGCAUUGUACAUCAAGAAAGUAGAGAAGAGUCCUGCCAAAGCUCCAGCCAAAGACGACUGGGGAGUCUUCAAGAACACACUGGGACUAAGCCAAGAAAAAGUUGAACUUCUCAAAUCGCAAAAGGACCAACAGGGCACCAAGGAGCUGCUCAAUCGUUUUAUUUUGGAAAAUCCCAAAGCCUUACCGCAGGUCAAGAAGCAACCCGAUCAGUUUUUGGCACUCUACCGAUCCAUUUUGAAGAAACUGACAGCUUCCAAGCGUAUGCUGAAGACCUCUCUUAACUUCGAACUGGCCGACAAUAGGCCCCAUAAGACCCUGAAAAGACCACGUCGCAAGAUCGCCGUGAAGAUGGUCUCCGACAUGCCAUCCUGGAAAAUCGAGAGCCUUUUGAACUCCUUCUAUCUGAAGCACGGGAUUCCGAGGAACACCGAGGAGCAUGACUAUCCCGAUUUGGAUAUGCCCCGGGACACCGACUACGACUCUGACAAUUUCUAUGACGACGAAGGCGAUGUCGGACUGACUGCCAAGACCAGGCAAAAUACCGAAUACGGAUCCUUUCAGGAUCUGAUUAUGCAGGCCAAGAUGAACGAGUGGGAGCGGGAGGAGGAGGAAACCAAAUUGCACGGCUCAGACAAUGAUGACUUCAUUUAA